AUGGACCUCUCACGGCAAGAGUACCCAACACUGCUGGCCACCCUACAUCCCAGCCAAGCUACAACCGUCUUAAGCGAUCGCAUUCGACUCAUUAACAAGAUCAAUGCGGAUAUCGCGGAUUACCUGCAGGAACGACGUCGCGUCGAAGAUGCAUACGCCCAAGGGCUGCGGAAGCUGGCGCAUCGGCCACUGAUGGACAAUGGAGCUGCUCUGGGUAUCUUCCAGAUCCCCUGGCAACGCAUCAUAAAUGCCACCGAAACGCUCGCUGUGUCGCACGAGACUCUUGCGAACAAGAUUGAGGAGGAUGUCGAGCGACCCCUGAAGGAAUUUGGUAGCAAAAAUGAAGACAUGCAGUCAUUGCCUGGUAUCCAGAGCAGUCUGGCGGGGUUGGCGAAGAAUGUGGAGAAUGCGCAGAAGAAAGUGGACAAGGCCAGAGCGAAGGGUGUCAAGGGUGCAGACAAACUUGCUAGCGAAAUUGCCCAUGCCGAGGAAGUCCAUCAGCAAUGGGAUUCGAGAGCUCCCUCUGUCUUCGAGCAACUUCAAACCGCAGACGAGAGUCGGCUGAAUCACCUUCGGGAUGUGCUAACACAAUUGCAGACCCAUGAAGUGGAUCAAGUUGAGCGCGCCCGACAGGCUGCCGAAAGCUGCUUGAACGUUCUUCUGAAUGUCCCCGGGGCCCCCACCACAGUGAUUCCGAGAAGACAGACGGAGCGGGCGGGAACACCCUCUGCGCCUGAACAGGGACCCGAGCGGGCAGCUACAGUGCCGAUUGAACCUAUUAUGUCCACACCAUCAACAGAGGCACCGCUGCCACCCCCUCCACGUUUCCAGGAUGAUGCUGCAAGCCAGCUAUCAGAGCCAUCCGAGAGACCUUUCGUUCCCCAGUCACCGCCAGUGCCAGAAGCACAGCCACGCCAUACUCCACUAGGAGGAUUGAGGCGGCUUGGUACUGUCAUGAACAGGAGGAAGAGCAUUGCCCUGCCCUCAGGUGGAUUUGAUCGGAAGGCGGAGAAGAAGCGCAGUCCUUUUUCGGCAUUCAAGCGAGCUGACUCUUCUCGCGAUUUGCAAAUACCUGAAUCUCCUCCUGCGACGGCCUCUGAUCGUCCAGGGACAUCUUUCACCGAUCAAUCAUCCUUGCGGAAUCCUAGUGUGUCACAAGAUCGCGCUGGGUUAGAGACUACGACCUCUAUUCCUGAGGCGCAUCCAGAGGCUCCCACAAAUGGAGCUAUUUCUGAAGUCCAAGCUGGAUUCACCAACAACCAUGCCAGUCAGCCACAUGUCGACUCGGAAGGCUUCACGGAGCGCCCUGCAACAAUUGACGAAAUCACUCGUGCCCAGAAUGAAGCAUCAGGCCUAGAUGAGUCUGGUAUGAAUUUGACGAUUCGAGACCAGCCCAUCUUUGAGGAUGAGAGCCAGGCGAAGCAGGCCAUGGAUGAUAUGGCGAACACCCUCCGAAUGCGGGCCCAGCAUACUGGAGUAAGACGCAAUGCAGGCACCAUUCGUGGUCGUCGUGAUGUUCGAAAUACUGUCUUUAUUGCUUCACCUGGUAAUGAGCUCCCACCAUCUUCGGCAGGAUCAGAGUCGCAGCCACCAACCUCGCCAAUCAGGCACAUUACUUCCCCCAGCAUUGCCCCUAGUGUUGCUACAGAUGAUCACGCUAUGUCAGAUACUACGUCUGUUCGCUCCGGGCACACUAUGCAUGGCGCGGGAUCAUCAAUCCAUCCUGAUCUAUAUGAAUCGGGCCUCAAUGCCUCGAUCAUUGAGACCGUCAAUGCAUGGUUCUCCGAUGGCAACGUUACCAAGUCCUUUAUUGUGGGUGAGCUUGCUCUCGCAAACAACCCCACACCUGGUACUGUGGUAGACCACACGCGCAUCCGGCUCGAUAACUUCCAGGUGCUGGAGAAGGUUGCAGCCAACCCCCACUUUGUCCAGGAAGUUUCCAAAGAUGUAGGCGAUGACAAGAGAGGCGAAUACGAUAUUCAGCUCGGCAGCAUCUCCCGCCCGAUGCCAACAGUCGCAUUCAAAUACCAAGUACAUAUCGACCCAACCAACCCCUCGGCCUACUGCCCAGUGAUCUUCAACCCAGUGUGGAACAUAGAAGAAUCACAGGCUAGCGCCAUUAUCUAUUACACACCCAAUCCGUCCUUCAUCUCCCACACAACGGAGCCAAUUACACUCAAGAACCUGGUCUUGACCAUCAAUUUGGACACCUCUGCCGAAGACAAAUCCACCAACCAACUGCGCGAGUCAGUGGCCCACGCCACUAGUGCUGCCAUGUACCCCAACACAGGUGCCACCUUCCGCCGGAAAACCUCGACCGUCACAUGGAGAAUCCCCGAGCUGGAAGUUAAGGCACCUGCUGCCCCGGGCGCAGAGGGCAAGUUCCUCGUCCGCUUCGUGACGUCUACUCCUGGCCCUCGCAAGGGCAUCGUCGAAGCGAAGUUCGAAGUCCGCUCCACCGAAACCGCUGCUCGAUUGGGCAUCAGCCGUGCGUCUUCGGACGCAGAGCAGAAAGAAGCCGAUCCUUUCGCAGACGAGGGCCGUGAAUCCCAACCGUCAACUUCGUGGCUAGGUGUUCCAACUGCACGCAAGCUGAUCGGCGGGAAGUAUGUUUCUUCCUAA